GUUUUCUGUUGUCGUUUUCGGAAUAGGACUUCAAGACUCACCACUGUCGACACUUGAAGGGCGCCUGCCCCAACUCUCAGCCAUGUCCGCGCAGGAUCCGACCGUCUCUACAGAGAGCAAUGGCUCCGCUCUAGUAGUGACCGCCUGUGUCAUGCUGAGCCUGACGUGGUUCUCUGUAUCACUUCGCACUUAUGUCAGAGGGUUCAUGACGAAUGGGUUUUUGGCCGAUGACUUCUGGAUGCUGGCAUCUCAGGCGAACUUCACAGUGUCUUGUGCUUUCAUCUUGCGUGGUUGCUACCACGGACUCGGAAGGCAUAACAAGUCUCUCAGUGUCUACAAUGAAAUCAACUCUCUCAAGUGGCAGGCCCUUGCGACAGCGACAUAUAUCCUCAAUAUGUGGCUCAUCAAAAUGAGCAUUGGCUUAUUCCUCCUCCGAAUCGCGACCCAAAAAAGAUAUCGGUACACGUUGUACGGCGCUCUCGGUGUUGUCACAGUCUGGAGUCUGGUCCUCUUCUUCUGGAACAUAUUCCAAUGCAAUCCUGUGGAAGCUCAAUGGGACCUGCAAAUCCUUGCCAACGACCCAAACGCGCGCUGUGUUUCCCCCGAGGAAGUCGUCAAAGGGGCAUACGCACUUAGCGUCAUGACGAUCCUGUCGGACUGGCUGUUUGCCCUGCUCCCUAUACCGAUGGUGUGGAGCGUCAAGAUGUCAUUGCAGGCCAAAGUCACCGUCAUGGCUGUUCUCGGGGUCGGGGUUUUUGCUAGUAUCGCGACCUUGGUGCGACUGAAGUUCUUGUCGGACCUGACGGACUUGGAGGACAUCUUGUUCGCUGGUACCGACGCCAUGGUCUGGACACUUAUCGAGCCUGGGUUGGCAAUUGUCGCUUCAAGUCUUGCCACCAUCCGCCCUCUACUCCGAGCCUUGGGGAUCAAGGGAUUCCAGCUUACCGAGCGAAGCCGCUCAGGGAUGCGCAGUGGCAAGCAGCAAUCGAGGACGGGCGGAACCGGCCAAAACCGAGGCAUGGGCAUGCCAGGGUUUGGCUCAGAAGAUGUCACACUUGUAGAUAUGGAAGGUGGGCUGAGCCGAUCAGAUACCAACCGGAAAAGCAGGAGCGGCGGCAGCAGUGUUUACGACAACAACACUCUCAGCAACUCGACGUCAAGCAAGGGCCAGUCGCCCAAGACUGCGGUGGCCAUGGUGACAGUCGAAGAGAGAGAGGAGAAGGACUCUGAGCGAUGUGCAGCAAUGUCGAGCCCGGCAGGACUGACACCUCUGGCCAAGACGCCUGCAACAACGGAAGCCCCUGCAAGUAACAAGAAGCCCAAGAUGGUCGGCCACAAGAAGAAGCCGACGCCGGUCCGCGUCGAGCCUGGGCCACACAGGUUAGAGAUUCAGCGGACGACCAGCAUCACGCAGACUACCACCACAACGAGUUCAAGCUCGAGCCACCACUCGUUAGCACCGCCGGUCCUGACGAGCAAGUACAGCACCAGCAUGAUCAAGAACGGCCUGUCCGUGCAAGACCUGGAACAGGUGGACGCCAGGCAGAACGGGACGAGUAUACAAGGCAGGACUUUCCUGGCGUCUGAUCAGUCGUCUCUGAGCAGCAUGGAGCUUGCGACGAUGGAGCCGGAGCACAACGACGAGGAGUCGCCAUUGCCGAACGGGUUGUCAUCAAGGCGGAAGUGACAAUGACAGACAGAAGUCUCUUCUUAUGCUUUUUAUUUUAAUUUUAUUCUCUGCUACAACAAAAAGUUGGGCGGACACAUCCAUU